GCUGGUGCCGUCUCCCUCGGGGUUAGUUGUCAGAGUGUCCAUCCUCAGUAUACCCAAAUUCCCACUUUAGAGUGAGCUGCAAGCUGACCCUGAGAAGCAGCAAAAUCCCAUCAGGGAGAAAAGAGCCACAACUACAAUGCCUGGUAUCCUCCCUUCAUUCAUGUGUCCUUUCUUCUUCCUCCUCCUCUGCCUAUUGGCCUCAAGUUCUGCCUCUGAAGAUGACACUGUGGUGGUGACUAGCAGUGGCCCUGUUAAAGGCAAGCAAGUCCCGGCUGGCUCUGGCUCUGUGACGGCCUAUCUGGGCAUCCCCUAUGCUGAGCCCCCUGUGGGGAAACUGCGUUUCCAGAAGCCCCGCCCACAUCAGCCAUGGAGCCAUGUCUUGGAGGCCACCACCUAUGGCAACUCUUGUCCCCAGGAAGAUGAUUCCAGCCGCCCUGACGCAGCCAUAUGGACUGCCAACACCCCACUUUCUGAGGACUGUCUCUUUCUCAACAUCUGGGUGCCCCAUCCACAGCCCUCGAUGCCAGUUCCUGUCCUGGUUUGGAUCUAUGGUGGUGGGUUUAUCACUGGCACAGCCUCACUAGAUAUCUACAAUGGAGCAUUCUUAGCUGCUACAGAGAAUGUCAUUGUGGCCUCCAUGAACUACCGCUUGGGGGUUCUGGGUUUUCUGUACUUUCCACCAGAUGCUCCAGGAAACGUUGGCUUGUGGGACCAAUGGCUGGCUCUGAAGUGGGUCAAGGAGAACGCAGCGGUCUUUGGCGGUGAUCCAGCUCUGUUGACUCUCUUCGGCAACAGUGCUGGAGGAGCCUCGGUGGGUUUCCAUCUGCUGUCACCAGCAAGCCAACCCCUUUUUGCCCAUGCUGUGCUCCAGAGUGGAGCUCCCAAUGCUUUCUGGGCUUGGAAGGAUCCUGAAGAUGCCAAGUCAAAUGCUGUAAGUGUAGGCACCCAGUUGGGUUGUACUGAACAAAAUCAUACUGCUUUGGUGAGCUGCUUACAAGGGAACAAUAUUGGGCACAAGGAGUUGUCCGGUCUGAAUGCUCCUAUCUUGGUGACAACAGAUGGGGAGUUCCUCCUUGAUGAACCCCGGAAGCUUCUGGAGAGUGGAGUUAUUCAGGCUAAACCAGUUCUCACUGGUGUCACCCUUGAUGAAGGGACUGAAAUUGUGAUGAUUUUGUUUCCUAGUGGUGUUAUGCUAACCUGGGAACAGUUUGUUCAAGGGUUAAGUGGAGAUAUACCAAUUCUAAUUGAGGAAGAUGUUGCCAAUGCUAUUGCACUGAGGUACAAUGCUAGUGACUAUGGGCCAGAACGGUACCAUUUAGUCUUGGCUCAGUAUUUUACAGAUAUCUAUUUUUUGUGUCCAAUGACUGAACUUGCUUCCAAGAUGGCAGAAGCUGGGAAUCCUGUGUAUGUUUAUUCCUUCAAGCUCCACACACCUGGCGCUGGGUGGCCUGAGUGGUCAGGGACACCCCAUGGAGCAGAGGUGCCUUACCUGUUUGGAACUUUGGCAACCGUGCUGGGAACAAACCAAACAGAGGUUGACAUUGCACUGAGUCACAAAGUGAUGAGAUACUGGGCAGAGUUUGCCAGAACUGGGAAUCCCACUGGUUCCAAACCCAAAGAGGAACAGUGGCCACUCUACAAUUCUACCGAGCAGAAACUCUUCCACAUCAGUGCGGAGGCACCCCAGGUCAAACGGUUAUCACCCGACCCACCGUGUGAUUUCUUGGCAACACAUGUUUUCCAUGCAAACCGCUCACAGAAAGCUCAAGUAGAGUCUUCCCCACCCAUUUUGGAGAAAGAUCUGAAGAAUGAGACAAGAACUUAAAAGAGUGGAAUGCAAAAGAUCUUGUGUCAAUUGCAAAUGAUUAUGGUUAUGAUUACACUUAUAUCCCACCUUUUUUCCUUUUGCAAGGAACUGAAAGCAGCUUACAUAGUCCUCGUCCUCCUCCUCCUCCUCCUCCUCCUCCUCUCCAUUUUAUCCUUUCAACAACCCCGUGAGGCAGAUUAGACUGAGAGUGAGUGGCUGCCUUUGGACAACACAUUAGUCAAUGGUGGCUUGAAUAGUCAACUCACAGUUGAGUAUUCUGCAGGAACUCCCCACACAACAUGUUCUUACGCUACUGCUGGUGGUUAGGGCUGGUGUUGAGUGGAAUAAUAGUCAACCUGGCAUUUGACAGACACAGCCCCUGCCCUUCUCCCCACCCUCCACCCUCUCUCAGUCCUCCCAGUGCUAUCCCAGAAGCCUCUGCAAAUUGUGCUGGCUGUAGUAGAGCGGCCAGCUCGGCUUUGGCCACGCUUGUCCGGGAACUUUGUAGCAAAGCGAAAAAGUCAAUUCAAUGGCCGAAAACUCCACUGGCUCAGUUUGGACAACACAAUAACCACCGGUUGUGUGACUAGUCAACUCUGCAGCUGGUUGUGUUUCUCCAGUGGUUUUUUGUCGAAAAAGUCAACUGUGGGGUGGUUUUUACCUGACAGACAACACAAAUCCGAGCCAUUGACUGCUCAAUUCAAGGUUGACAAUGAAAACCACCAGUGGUUAUUGUGUUGUCCAAACUGAGCCAGUGACUGACCCAAAGUCUCCCACUGAGCUUCAUGGCCAAGUGGGACUAGAAUUGAGAUCUCCCAAGUCCUAGACCAACGCUCUAACCUCUAGCUACACUGGCUUCCAAGUGCAAAUAGAAGUCAUAAUUGAUAUUGUAAAAAAAACAAAUCACCCCUGGAAACAGUUUUGAUAGGCCCACACAUUGUGGGAUGUGUAGCUGUGCCCGGUAUAAAUACAGACUUGUUCUAUUAGAGGUCAGCUGGACCCACAAUUUAGGAACUGCAGCCCCAUUUCCUGCAUUACAUUUAUAGACUUUUAAUGUUAAUAAUAAUAAUGACAGUAGUAGCAGCAGCAGCAGUAGUAGUAGUAGUAAUAAUAAUAAUAAUAAUACAAUGACAGCAUCUAUGUAUUCUGCAUCAGCAAUCAUUACUGAUCUUUGCCUUUUUGUCAUUUCCCUUUAUUUUUGUUUUUCUAUCUUGAAAGAACUGGAGCUUUUUAUACCCUCUUUCCAUGAGGACUUUUCAUACCUUGCAUUUUGCAUAGUCCCAUCCAUGGAGAUAAAGUAUUUGGUGAACUAUGCAUUAAAGAAAAAUGAAAAAAUAAAGCAUCAAUGGUUAAAAAAACAA